UGAGAGAGAGAGAUGAGUUUAUUAAUCUUUCUCCUAUCAUUGACCUAUUAUUACUCUCCUCUCAGACGCAAAAAGGUUUCAUUUUUAACCCCUUUGAGAAUUUUGUUUUUGUCCAGGUUGAUCCAAAUUACUUCUUUCUAAAGAAAGUUUUGAUUUUUAUCUUCUUCUGAUCUAAAGUUUUGAUAUUUUCUUCUCUUGGUUUUGUUCUGUUCUUCAGUUUCUUCACGUUUCCCCCGUUUAAAAGACCAAUCUUGUACUCUUUCAUGGAAAUUAAAUUUUGAGUGAAGUUUCUAGCUUUUCUCAAUAGCUUCUAAGUUUAACCAAAUCUGUUUGUUCUCUCUCUCUCUCGUUUUCAUCGACGACUCUGACUUUGUUAAGAAGUGGGGUUUAUCUUUGAUCUAAUUCCAUAAAAGAAGACAAAGAAGGAAUCUGAUCUGCAAAUUUUUUACAGGGAAUUGAAAGAGAGAUGGGAUCUUUCAAGGGUCAUGCUUUGCCUGGGACAUUGUUCUUAGUGGUUGGAGUAUGGCACAUUUGGAGCUCAGUGGUUGGAUUCAUAUCGAACCCUAGUUCAUUUCGGGUUCGAGUUUGGCACCCUGUUCCUGGUUUUAAUGAUAGGAUCAAGUACUUGGAGCUUUACGUUGUUACAAUUGGCUCAUUCAUUGACUUGUGCAUUGAGUUUUUGUACUCAACUCAUCUCAAGUUCUUUGUUAAUGGUGUUCUGAAUCCUUCCCACAUGAAUGAUUUCGAGCACUCUGGAAUGCUUCUCAUGUUCUUCAUCCUUGGAUUUAUCGCUUUGCUCUCCGAGAAAACAAGGUUACUUCCUCUGCCACAAGAAGCUCUGUGUCUAGUUGCUGCAACAGCUUUUACGGCAGAAGGUCUUCUCUUCUUCUUCCACUCCACAAGCCACAAAGGUCUUGAAGGUUAUUAUCAUCUCCUCCUCGUCUUUCUCAUCGCUCUCUGCGUCAUCUCCUCAAUCGCAGGAGCAAUCUGCCCUACAAGCUUCCCAGUAGAUCUAUGCAAUGGCAUUGCAAUGUCUCUUCAAGGCCUCUGGUUUUAUCAGACAGCUUUCACUCUCUAUGGUCCUAUGAUGCCUCAAGGUUGCAGUUUAAAACAAAACUCUGUAGUUUGUAGAUCAGUCGACUCUGCAGUCUCUGGAGAGUUUCUAGCUAAUUUUCAGCUCUUCUCUUUGGUUCUUGCUGUUCUUGCCUGCGUAGUGGGUUCAUAUGUAUUUGCAGCUUCAAGAUUUGGAGUGAGUAGAUGAAAGAUUUAGCAAGUAGUAAUUAGGGAUUUUGUUCUUCUUUUCAUUCAAUUGUUUCAGAGUUUCAGAAAAAUAUAAAGAAUAUAAUCUUUUUUACA